AUGAGCCGACUCGGCUUCCCGGCAUCGUUUGUUCAUCUCACCUCGGCUCUUCACAUGGGGUUGCCCGCUGGCACCCUUGCUUUUAUCAUUGCGGUGGAACCUCUUUACGAGAUACUACAUAGCACGGUGAAGGGUGUUCGGAUCGCAAACACGUCGGAGACACUGGAGAUCAAGGUAUGCGGGUACGCGUAUGAUAAUGCUGUGUACGUUCAGUCCCCGGAGGAAGUGUCUGUGGUCAUGCGGACUCUAAUGCGAUUUGGGGCGGCUUCUGGGCUGGUCAUUAAUGCUUCGAAGUCUGUGGCGGUUCCUCUGUGUGCCGGUGUGAGCAUUGACCCCACACUUUUGCACGGUGUUAAGCUGUUACAGGCGGGCGAGAGCCAGACGAAAGACAAACACGGUCAGGAGCCGAGCUCUAUUAGCCUCGGCUUUAAUCAUUCCCAGGGUCACGUUUCUCGCGAGACACUCGUGGCCUACCCGUGA